CCCCUAUGUGAAGUGUGUGAAGUGUGUGUGCUGUUCUCCUGUAUGAUCGCGCCUGGAUGCCGGACUGGAAGGUUAUGAAAGUCCAUGGCGGCGGCAUAACGACUGCUUUAUUAUUUGCGCUGUGCAGCAUCUCGUCGCUGAAGAUGCGUCUUUACACACCGCAUCAGUAACAGCAGAAGCAGCAGCAGCGCGCGCAGCGACCCGCUGGGAGCCAUGACUCUGAGCUCCGAGAUGUCGGACGCGUGUGCGCUCUCGGAAGAGCCGGACAUCGACGUGGUAGGCGAAGGAAACGACGACGACGACGACGCGGCUGUACGCUCGCGCCCUUACGACGAAGACGACGACGAUGACGACGGAUUCCCGCGCGCUCGCGACGACCCGUUCGCGCGCGGCGCCGCCGGCACGGGCGCGCGCGACGCGUACAAACCGACGAGCAAGAACGCUCUGGUGAAGCCGCCGUACUCCUACAUCGCGCUCAUCACCAUGGCCAUACUGCAGAGUCCCAAAAAGAGACUCACACUCAGCGAGAUCUGCGACUUCAUCAGCAACCGCUUCCCGUACUACCGCGAGAAGUUCCCUGCGUGGCAGAACUCCAUCCGUCACAACCUCUCACUCAACGACUGUUUCGUGAAGAUCCCGCGAGAGCCCGGAAACCCGGGGAAGGGUAACUACUGGACGCUGGACCCGGAGUCGGCCGACAUGUUCGACAACGGCAGCUUCCUGCGCCGGAGAAAGCGUUUCAAGCGCCAGCAGUCACCGGAGCUGCUUCGGGAGCAUGCCGCUUUCGUCCCCGGGUACGGCUACGGAGCUUACGGCUGCGGCUAUGGCCUUCAGCUGCACGCCGCGUAUCACGCGCACUCUGCGCUCUUUACCUUCCAGCAUCAGCAUCCGCCGCAUCCGCCGCAUCCGCAGCAGCCGCCACCGUCUAGCAGGCACACCGGGACUCUUAUCCCCGCGCCUUCCCUCAUGCCGAACACAGCCGAACUCGCGCGCUCACGAAGCUUCUAUCCUCCAUUGAGUCCCGGGAUUUCUUCCCCGCUACAGAGUGCGACUAAAUCACCGGUACACCGAUCACCGUUCUCUAUAGAAAGUAUUAUAGGGAGCGCUGGGAGCCCGGCGCAUGCGCACUGUGCCUCACGGACUCCGCCAGCGCCUUUCGGACCGAAUGGCGCAGCAGCCGAAAAGUUUCCCACCAGGACUGUCAGGGGAACAAACGGCUGUUAAAUUUUUUUUUUAAUAAAUUAACAAAAACAAAAACAUUA